AGCUUUAAGGGUUGUCCGCAGGAGCGCUGGUCCGGGCCAGAGCGAGCGCGCCAGCUGCGGACCUGCUGUCUGUCACACGGAGAGAGGAGAGGAGACGAGACGAGAGGAGCCAGGAGAGGAGGUGGUCGUCCUCGGGCGACGAGGACGAGGAGCACUUGCGAAGAAGGCCUUUGAAGGCUUGCUCGCCCGGAGGCAGGAGGGGGCGAUUAUUCCUCCUCGGUCGACUUCACGAGGUCGAAUGGUGCCCGGCGGUGCAGCUCCAGCGCCAGCCCGUCGUCGCGCAUGGAGUGAGUCUCAGCAGACGACGAGGCGGACGGGCCUUUGCUGGUGUCCGUAGAGCGAGCGCAGUGCAGUAGCAGGGCGGGGUCGUUCUGAGGCUGGGUGGCCAUCUCCGCCGAGCUUAUGCCUGUGCUCAGAACUUGUUCGGUGCCGUCACGACCGUGCUCGCCCGCAGGAGAAGGAGGAGGAGGAGAAGGAUGCAUCCAGGUGUGGGCACAAUGACGGAUUCGUUGUCGCUGUUAGUGUUUUGGAUUGCAAGCAUCUGUGGGUGGGGAAUUGCGGGGCUCUGCUGCGUCCCGGCCGAGCUUCGAUCGAGCUUGUUGUCCUUUGCAGAAGCGGGCAGGAGUUGUUGAAGUUUGUGUGCGGGCCUCGUCUGCGGCUUUUGGGCGUCCGGCUCUGUGUGUCGGGCCGGCGCGUCGUGGUCUGGGGUCCCGAGGGUAGGAAGGCAGCCGCUUUGAUUGAUUUGCUUCAGAUCUCGUGGCAGGAUCCCGUGUUCCUUCUCGUUCGUGUUGCGAAAUUUGGCCUCAGACGCCGAGCCACGCAUGCCCCUUCUUCCCGUUUCUCAAUUCUCGCGCUCCUCUCUUCCUUCUCGUGGUCCUUCCUUCUCGUUGGCUAGAUUGUGGCGGUGAGUACGCCGAACCCCGCUUUCAUCUUCGAGCUCUGGGUCUGUGGAAUGCCGAUACUCGGGCGUCUCGGCCUUCUCGUCGAGCCUCGCCAGCUCUCCGGUUGGAUAUGCUCUUCGACUGACCUGCCGAGGAAGGCCUCGCUUCGGUCUAGAGCGUUCCUCGGAUGUAUUUCUGAUUUCGAGGCUGUGGCCCUGACACGGCAUGAGUGAUCAAAUAUUGGAGGAGGAGUUUCAAAAUAACCAAAGGGUGGUCGCAAGCUUAGCGUCGGGGAUUGUGCAUUAUUUCAGGCAGGAAAUGCUCCUCCUUUUAUCGGCAUUUUACGUAAGGUGAAUCAAGAGAAGGAUUCUACCAAGCUUACCGUGAAUUGGCUGUACCGACCAGCUGAUGUCAAGCUAGCUAAGGGGGUACCUCUCGAGGCCGCCCCUAAUGAAAUCUUCUACUCCUUUCACAAGGAUGACAUAUCAGCUGCCUCGCUUUUACAUCCGUGCAAAGUUGCUUUCCUACGGAAAGGCGCCGAGCUACCUCCAGGAGUUUCAUCUUUCGUUUGUCGACGAGUGUACGACACAGCAAACAAGUGCCUGUGGUGGCUUACUGAUCGUGACUACACUGAUGAACAUCAAGACGAGGUACACCAGUUGUUGGAGAGGACAAAGCUGGAAAUGCAGGCAGUAGUGCAAUCAGGAGGGCCUUCACCUAGAUCAUUGACAGGACCCACCUCUUCUCAACAGUUGAAGCCUAGUUCAGAAGUAGCUCAAAAUGUCACCGUCUGUGUUUCGAACAAGGGUAAGAAGCGCGAGCGUGCAGAUCAGACCCUGAAGCCCAGCAAGCGUGAGCGAUCUUGGAAGUCUGAGGAUGGUGAGUCAAGCCCUCUGAAGCGUGAGCGCAGCAUGAGGCCUGAAGAGAUCGCAUCUAUCACGGAUAAGGAUGGAGGGCUGCAGAAUCCCUCGUGCGUGGAACGAUUAGUUCAGUUGAUGCAACAGGACCAAAAUGACGGUGUUAGAAAGGCUGCCGAUGUCUCGUCUAGACGCACCAUACUGGCCGGGGUUGUUGCUGCCACCGAGCGGGACGAUUGCCUCAGCCGAUUUGUUCAACUAGGAGGCCUGCCUAUGCUAGAUGACUGGCUUCAAGAAGCGCACAAAGGGAAAGUUGGGGACGGAGGAAGUCCCAAGGAGGGAGAGAAAGGCGUCGAGGAGCUGCUGCUGACGCUGUUAAGAGCUCUUGAUAAGUUGCCUGUAGACUUGGAUGGUUUGAAGACCUGCAGUGUAGGGAAGUCUGUCAAUCACUUGCGCAGUCAUAAGAAUCUGGAAAUUCAGAAGAAGGCACGGAAGUUGGUCGAUAUCUGGAAAAAGCGCGUGGACGCAGAGAUAAAACUCUCUGGAGAAGGAAAAUCCGCGUCCAAUCAUGCGAUAUGGAAUUCUUACAAGCAGUCAUCCCCUGAUGGGGUGCACUCUCAUCUUGUGAAGGGAGGGCCCACAGAGGUUGCUGUGAAAAGUUCUGGUGCUUCUGCCGGUAGCGCGAAGGCUAUGCCUAACGGUACCAAUUUCGGAGAGGGGCUGUCGAAGCCUUCUGCUCCAUUUUCCGCGAACAAAAUGACGACUAAUUUAGGAGGUAGUUCCGCAGCGAUAGUGAAGAAGGAAGAGAUGAGCAGCAAACUCUCCACUGGAAGCGCGCCAGGGGAGGUGCCCGGUCUUCCUGUUAAGGACGAGAAAAGCAGUAGCUCUCAAUCUCAGAGCAACGGCCAGAUAUGGGCCGGAAUCACGUCGGGGAAAGGUGUGUCAAACUCCGCCUGGAAAGAAGACACGAAAAACUCUUCGAUCGUUGGAGCCGGGAACUCUAAACCCGCCGGCUCUGUUUCUCGUCAUUCUAGUUUACCCAGCAAAGGAUUCCUCGGGGUCGCCACAGGAUGUUCAAAGGAUCAUCUGGGUGGUAAACCGCUCGUAUGGAGUCGGAAUGCCACGGACAAGAGCGCUACCUCUCCAGCCUCGGCUGCAGAGAAGGGAAGCGCAGACGGAGGACGAGAGAGCUCGAACUCCCGCGACAGACUUAUUGCCAGAGGACCCAACUCGGGUCGAAGUCCCGCUAGAAUGAACAGCGGAUCUUUUGAGCAAGGUGCACCUGGCGGCAGAGGCAUGUCGCCUCACAUGCCAGAACGGAAUGCACCUAUGAGCUUGGAUAGCUCCGAUACGAAGAGCAGGUUACAGAAUGGUGCAUCGAUGGAGGUCAACCAUGAGGGCAGAAUGGUCUCUAGCGCGGAUGAUGACCGCGAAAAUUACACUAGUUCUGUCCCUGGUGAUACCCCAGGAGAGGGGGAGACGAGAGGCGACGAGUCCACCCGGUCAGAAGCAGAGAGAUCCUCCAAAGAAGUGCAGGAUGCGAACGGCAACAGCAGUGGAUUUGCACAGCGCGGUGGUGCUUUGGAGUCUGCAGAUGCCAAGAAUGGAGAGUCGGCAUCAAAUGCUACUGGAGCCAAUACUGCAGAUGUCUCUAACUCUGGGGCGACUGCCAUGGAAGUCGAGGAUCAGGGGAUUAGUUUGUUGGCUAGCGUAGCUGCUAACGAGAUCUUCAGAGCAGUCCCGGGCACCACUCACGAGAGAAAUCAACCUGAUGAUUGUGAUGGUGACCGGGAGCACGGCGCAAGGUUACCUGAUAACACAUCACAACGGAAGGAAGUUGGUGACAAGCAGCUUAUGGCAAAAGAAGAUGGUGACGAAAAAGAUUCACCAGAAGUAGCGGGGACUCCAAGCUCCUCAAGCAUCAAUGCUAUCAAGAACAGGGAAGAGGCACGGCUGGAUCAUAAUGCUGAUUCUAAUGGAGGACCAGCAGGGGACACGAGAUCGAAUGUCGAAAGUUUCCAGGAUGGUAAAUCUGACAACGCCGAUGCGGAGGCCAAAGAAGUUGAGAAAAGGCUUUUUGCAGUCCACGAGGCUGGGCGGGUUUCAGAUGCAUCUGGAUUUGGAAAAUCGUCACUUGAUCGCCAAGGAGAGGAAAGGCACAUGGAGGAGAGUAACUCGAAGGAGGCUAUCGCUCUUUCCGAGCCAUUACGUUAUAACAGCGAUCUCAACACAAUAGCAGUGUGUGAUACAGAGGGUUCAGAAUGUACUCAAGAUGGACAUGGCGUUCGUAAUUCUGGCAAGAAGGAUUCACACGACGAGAGGAAUUCUUCAAUUCUGGGUAAGAGCAACUUGUCUGGAAUUGAACUCAACUUGGCCUACGUUAGCGGCGGGAAUGACUUCAAAGAUGGUAGUGCGAACGAUGAGAACAUCAAGGUUGGUGUCGAUAGUGGACACACUUUCGGAAGAAGAGGAAAUGAUAUGGAUGUACACAAGGUUUCGGAUAUGUCCACCAGUUUUCCCGAAGAAGAGGUGCUGGAAGUGGCUCGUCAAGCAGCAAAGGAAGUAGAGCAGAUGGAGAGAUGGAAAGACAAUAAGUCUGGCGCUAUGUCAGGUGACAAUGAUGGCCAGGAUGUUAUCUCUCCAGGAUUCAAAUCAUCGGAUCCACGAGAUACAGGUUUCUCUGAUACAGGUCGAGAACACAGGUGGAAUCCUCACACCAGCAUUGAGAGAGUAAAAGAUGAGGACAGUCGCAAGAGAAGCGGCCUUUAUUUGGAAGACAAUCAUGACUCGGCUGCAGAAAGAUUGGAUCAAGACAGUCUGCGGGCUACGGGAAUUGCAGACAAUGACGAUGACCCAUCAAGAUGUGGUGGUAGUGGAGACAGAAAGCUGACAAAUUCAGGACAAGAUGCAGGUGACAGUACUGAGGAGGGCGGUCAAGAACACAAGAGGAGAGUUAUCGAUGGGCGUGCGCCUGUACGAGUUCCUUCUCUUCAUACGACCCAAAUGUUGGCUAGUCCUAAUAUGCCUACAUCGUCUUCAGUGUCUUCCUUCGCGCAGCAUGUAUCGAAACCUUCCCCUCGUAAUUUGCCUGCAGGAGAACCCACAACUCCAGAGCAAGCAACAGAAUUGGCUGGACCAAAUGAUGGACCAGUUGGAGGUAGUGAUGUUUCAGAGAGACCAGAUUUUGACUUGAAUGAAGGAUUCGCUGUUGAGGAAAGUCCCCAUGAUGAUUCCACCACGUCGCCUAUAGGCCCCAUUCCAGCAGCUGCCCCGAUCUCCUCAAGUGCAACUUUACAGGCCAACGGUGUAGGGGUACCGAUAGCAAUCGUGACAGCAACGAAGGGUGCUUUCGUGCUACCUGCUAGCCCCAUGCGCACCAAGUCUGAGCUUGGGUGGAAGGGUUCUGCAGCGACCAGUGCCUUUCGGCCAGCCGAGCCAAGGAGGACACCUGAGAGACAGGCGGAAAGCGUACAUCCAGAUCCCGUGCAGUCGAUGGAAGUAGUGAAGACGGCGCAGGAAGUUAGGAAAGUUCGUCAUCCUUUGAAUAUUGACCUCAACGUUGCUGAUGACAGAGAUUUUGAUGAAGCUGGGAUGUCAACAGUAGCAACAACCACAACCAUUUCUUCGCAAGGUUCUGCUGUCGGUAUGAGUUCACAAGCUGCACCCGUAUCGUCUAUAUCUCUGUCCGGUAUUACCCAUCACAGUGAACAGUCCACUUCUGGAUCUCAGCAGCAAAUUGUGGAGCAUUCUGGGACACGACCCAUCUUAGACUUGAAUUUAAUGGACGAAAGCGAAGACAGUGGUACAUUACUGGAGACCGAUCCAGUGCUUCCUGAAGCAAUGGGCUCCUCAUCUAAGAGCAAUAACAGCUCCUCCUCUCAGGUCAGCAGUCGCGUAAUGUUCGACUUUGAUUUGAAUGAUGGCCCUUCAGUUGAGGAACCAGCGGUAGACGAUCAACCAGUUGUGCAGUCAGUAAGAGGUUCUCGGCUCUCGAAUGCACCGUAUAUCGCGGUGCCUGGGCUCAGAAGAGCUGCUGAAGUUGUAAGUGUGGCAUCUUGGUUUACAAAUACAUCGUUUCCUGCGGUGGCAAUCCCUUCUUUCUCCAACAGGGAGCCGCCCUAUUCCGUUGCAGCCGCUGCUGCUGCACAGUCUUACUUCAGUGCAGGCCAAGGUCCUCCUCCGUUCAGCAGUGAUAUGUACAGAGUUACAACAGGUCUACCAUCAGCGCCUGGUGUUGCGUUUCCUUCAAGCACGCCUGCCUACCAAUAUGGAUCAUUUUCUCUUCCUUCAGGGUUUGGUUUCUCCUCAGCUGCCAGCUUUGCAGCAAACAAUGCUGCACCGUACAUGGAGUCUCCAGGAUCGUCAUCAUUUCCAGUAGCGUCAUCUGCAGUCGUAGCAUCAUCGUAUGUCCGACCUCCAUACUUAAUGUCUAGCAUUUCCGAGAUCGGUCCUUCUGACAGUAGUGGAGGUAGGAGUAGUUGGGGAGCUCGACCAAGCUUGGACUUAAAUGCAGGCCCAGAAGCCGCAGAUUUAGACGGAGGCCGAGACGACGGCAUGAACAUGAGACAGAGACAUGAGACAUCACUAAUGGCGGGUCAGGUGUCUCUGGAACAGUUCCGGCUCCUCAGAGGUGCUCCCACUGCAGGGCCCGUUGGCGCUCCGUUACCGAAACGGAAAGAACCUGAUGGCGGAUGGGAUCUGUAUAGAAGCAGUGAGUUUAAGCAACAAGCUUGGCGUUAGAUCACGUCAGCAGUUGCAUGUUUUUGAGCUGCAUGUACAGGCUCCUUCAAUGAAGCAUCCAAUAUUUGUCUCAAGGUAAAACCCCUCUGGAUGAUUGGAAUAUGUCUGCCAGGGUCGCUCUGUAGUGAAGCCUUGGGUCUUGCAUCUGAGAAUCCUGAUAGGCUAUAAACACACUGGGAGUUUUCGCGCAUGGGGGCAUGUGGAGUAUCGUUAUUGGAGAUUGCAUUGACGAAGAUUUCGCACAUCUCGUCCGUAAACCGGCGACUUACUUGCCUGUUGAAUGGGGGUUCCUUGGCAUUGCAUGAUGAAAACUUCUUAAUAGUGUCUAGUGGGUGGGGCACCCACUAGACAAUAUUAGGAAGUUAGUUUGAUGGGACUUCUGAAGCUAGUCUCUUCCAUCAAGAGUGGGUGACCACGACUCUAUCUGUUCAUAUCUGGUAGUCCUUUUAAGGACAUUUUCAUGAGCUAUCUGUUACCAUUCUCAGCUACCCGUGAUUAAAGGCAUUGCUGACUUUUGCGCCUUCACGAAACCCACUUACCAAGUUAAACCUUGUUACACCUUACCACGACUCUUGUGGAGAUUUAUUUGAUUAGCAUUGCCCAGCCUGGACGCCGGGUGUUAGGUCGUUAGGACGGGCAAAUACGAAUGAGUACAGUUAAUAAGCUUUGACAAUGAAAUUACUUUUUUCUGCAAACCAAGUUCUUCCACUAGGCAUGUAUCGGAGAAAAAGUAUCGUCUUGUCACAGUGUUACGAAUAGCUUUACUUGUUUUCUUCAGUUUUGUACCCUUCAAGCAAUUGCAAACAUGAAACUUCAUCUCAUUUCAAUUAUGUAAUCCAAUGACGUGAAGGGUCCUUCCGUCUACCGUCAGGUUGUAUAUGG